CAACACGUAUUAGCGUUGACGGCAGCGACGGAAGGAGAGCCGAUGGGGAGAAGCUGAGAUUUGUUUAACGAGCUCCGGGAUUGUGACAUGUAUUAGCCAGAUUUUAAAACUCUUCCAAAUAAGUUGCGUGGCAUUUUAAUAUGAAACCUACGAACCACGAAUCUUUGCCAACUUCCAAACAAACAUAAAAUGAGGGAUUUUUUUUAAGCGGAGCACGGCACAAAUCCCGUGUCUGUCCCUAAACAGUGACACACGGGUGUGGGAGGCGGCGUGCGGAGUUCACGUAUAGCUCCCAAAGGUGCUGCUGCUUCCAGCGUGAGUUCAGGACGUAUAAUAUUGGUGACAGAAUAUAAUGUGCGCGAAAAACAUGACCGUUGAGCUGAGUUGAGUCUGCGCGACAGUUUUUCCCCUGACACGGUGCCGAGCCGUGUCUUUUCCCAGCUUCCUCUUCGGAAGUGUUUUUUUUUUUUUUUUUUUUCUUUUAAUGACUGGAGUCAUAUGAUGCGACCAUAGGGAAGCAGGAACACGCCUGUCAAGAGAGGACCCUCUGGCAGAAACUAGACAAAAUUCUCCAACUGCGGCAAAGAGGAACAUAGCGUCGGGCAGAGGAAAGUUGUUAGCCGGGGACGGUGAUGUCAGCGUCGGAACUGACCCCGACAACUUCCCCAUUUCACUCACAGCUGCGGUUGUAGCUACUGUACUGUGGUGUAACACGUACAAAAACGUUUAGUAACACGUUGUGGCGAUAUGAGCGGCUGCAGUGGACGUUUGGUCUUUUCUCUCCGUGCCGCUUUAGCUGGCGAAGCAGGGAAGCUGCGCGUUCUGGUGGGAGCCCUGCAGUGAUUGACCUCAAUGCACGCCAAGUCCUCCGUCGGAAAACAGCUUUUCAAAGACCAUGGUUAACAAAGAAGAGUUGGAGGAAAGGCUGAGGAAACUCCUGGUGAGGUUGAAUACUCCCCAAGAAGACAGACGACUGGAUACGCUGAUUCAAAUCAUCAAGGAUUUGCUCUUCCUGGCGCACACGGACUAUGCAGCAGAACUGUUUGAAGACAAAGAAGUCCACGUCCCCCUCACGCGGGUGCUGUCAUCAUACAUCAGCAGCGCAGGAGUUCAGCAGGUGGGUUGGUCAUUGCUGUGUCAGCUGAUUGAAAUAUGCCCCACUACACUGGACCAGCUUACCAGACCUUUGCAGUCGGCCCCAGAGUCGGAGGUUCUGGGAUUGCACCAGCAGAUCCUGAAGGUGCUGUCUCAGUACAGCACAGACUGUCGAGUGACCAUGGUUGGACUCAGAGCCCUGGCUCUACUGCUCAGAUCAGACACGAUUCCUCUGCUGGUGCUGGAUGAGGAGGAGGAUGUGUUUGGCCUCGUGGUGCAGGCGAUGAAGACGUUUCCCACUAGUGAAGAGGUGCAGUUCCAAGGAUGUGGAGCUCUGCAGCUGCUGCUGGAGAGAGUAAGUGACGACCACCUGGUGGAGUUUGUGGAGAACCAGGAUCAUGUUGUGGUUCUGGCGGCUCUGCGGAGGUUCAGCGACAGCCCGGAGCUGCUCCAAAGGGUGCUGAAAGUGCUGCUGCCUCUGGCUCGUCCUAGUAGUAAUUUGGAGGUGCUGAUGUCAGGAGGCACUCGGUGUUACAGCAUGAUCAUCGCCGCCAUGGACGCCUUCCCCGAGGUGGAGAAGCUGCAGGAGACGGCCUGCUGCCUUUUCAAGAUGUUUACGUCAGGGCACAACAAGAGCAUAAAUGAGAGUUACUACAACAUCCUGGUGCUGAACGGAGUCCAGAGGGUUGCACUCAGAGCCUGUCAGACCUUCCCUGACAAUGCCCUGCUGCAGGCUGCUGCUCUCUCCUGCCUGGCUGACCUCACUGCCACCAUCGUGCAGAACAAGGCGGUGGCGGAGCAGGGCCUGGAGGACGGGGAGGAGGAGGAGAACCGGGGUAAGGGGGAGGUGGAGGACAUGGGCCUGGGCUGGAUGAAAGACUGCUGCGUCGCACUGGAGCUUCACGCUGCUGAGCCAGAAGUUCAGGAAGCUGCAAGCUGGGCCAUUCACAACCUGUUAUUGCACGGAGCCGGUGGAACAUUUACAGAAGAGGAGCAGAAUGAAAGAGCUCCUGUUCAUAGACAGUUAAUGGCAGCGAUGCUGCUCCAUUCCUCCUCUCCCAGUGUGUUUGAAGCUGCUACCAGUGCCUUGGGCACACUCAUUACAAACAACAGUAAAAUGCCUUCUCUGCUGCUGUCCAGUGGCCUCCACGUCAAUCUGGUGGAGAUGAUGAAGAGACAUUCAACCUCAGUAGAAGUUUCCAUCAGCGCCUGCAGACUGUUAAACCUGCUCUUCCAGGGAAGGACAGCCAGUUUGGAUGAGUUGAACAUGGCCAUGAGUCAGAUCCUCAGCAACAUGAAGGUCCACAACUUCGAGCCGGAGGUUCAGCUGGAGGCCCUGCAGGCCAGCUUGGUCUUCCUUUGUCCAGACAGGAGUUUAAGGGAGCACGGCGUCUCAGUCUCUGAUCCUGACAUGGCCGACGUGUCUCUGAAGGUCCUGAAAACCCAGUGUGUGGUGGAAGGAGCUCACACUCUCUACCUGGAGGUUCUCAACAGGUUCAUCAGCAGCUCUGCCAUACAGAGGUGUGGGUUGAAGGUGCUGUGUGUUCUGGCCGACUGCUCUGGUGCAGUGGACCUACUCUGCCAGCAGGGGGCGAUAGACACAGUGCUGCAUACACUACAAAUGUUCCCACAGGAACGAGAGAUACACUACUGGGGCCUGACCCUGCUCAACUACCUCGUAGCCAAAAAGAAGCUGUCAAGAAUGAUUGUACCUGUUCUGGCCUCUGUUGUGGUGGCCUCCCUCAUCCAGUACAGAGAAGACUCAGAGAUGCUGCUGAAGUGUUUCCACGUGGCGUUGAGGAUGCUGGACGCCUGUUCGGGAGCAGCUGCUGAACUGCACAGGGAAGACUUUGACAGGCAGAUCUUCCAGCACCUUAGAGACGAGACGGACCAGAGCUUCAGCCCACUGCGGAAGUCCGUGUGUCUGGCUUUGUCCAAAAUGUGGUGCAACUCUGACCUACACUACAGCAUGCUGGAAAAGGCCUGCAAGGAGGGAGACACGACCAUGGCCGAGUGUCUCAUCGAGCUGGGUGCUGACAUCAACAGGAAGACAAAGACUGAUUCUCUCAUUUACCAGGUGUGUGAAGGGGGUGGACCACUAGAACUGGUGGAGCUUCUACUCAGCCGAGGUGCCCACGAGCAGCAUCUCCGCCGAGCUCUGGCAGUGAGCGUGAAGAAGGGAGACGGGCCCACAGUCAUCCAGCUGUUGGGCCGUCUGGGACUGGACCUCAACAACAGCGCCCUCUGCCUGGGCGGCUUCAGGCUGGGCCGCCUGGAGGCCUCCUGGCUGAGCCCCCUGCUGGCUGAUAGAGGCAGAGCUCAGAGUCUACGUUUUAACAAUACUAAAGGUAUGAGCUUAGCCAGGUACAUCCAGUCUCUCCAGAGGUCCAAGAGUGUGAGCUGUCCUUCCAGGACAACAGCCGACCCGUGUCUGACAUCCGGCUACAUUUCCGACGAGAGUGAUGACUCCAGUUUCAGCUUCGUCUCCACGGAAGACAGCUUGUUUUUUAAUGACGACUUGGAAAGUGAUGGAAGUGAUUCACUGUCCGGUGCUCUGUCUCCUAAGCCACUUAACAAUUCAACAGAGGAGCUGAGGGGGGAAUCCUUCAAAAGGAAGCAAACGCGUCGUAGACAUGCCAGCGCAGAGAAUGGUCAAGCUGAGAGUGAACACACUGAGCCUGUACCUACGUCUAGAAGAUAUGGAAGGAAAAGCUCGAGUCAAAAAGUGCUGGGAUUUGGUGAGAACUCUGCUGCCCUGCCCAAAGAGAAGGAGAGGAUCCGCCUGCUGGACUUGUCAGGGAACGAGUUGGACUCUCUGUCCUGUCUAAUGGACCACGGUUUAGUCCAGCAGCAGCUGGGGCAGCUCCUCCGCCUGGACCUGAGCCACAACAUUCUGCUGGAGUUUCCCUCUGUCCUGUGCCAGUGUUUGAAGAGCCUGACUCGACUGGACCUGCAGGGGAACCACCUCCAGUCUCUGCCCACGGAGCUGCUGUCUCUGCCGUCACUGAACAUGCUGAACGUCUCCCGGAACUGUGUCGGACCCGUGCUGACCUUUGACCCCGCUGUGACCUGCCCGUCACUGAGGCAGCUCAACCUUUCAUUCAACAAAAUCACCACGUUCCCUCAUGAGCUGUGCCGCGCCACCGAUCACCUGGAGGAGCUUUUCUUGGAAGGUAACAGUGUAACUGAGCUGUGCACUCCGCUGUGUCUACCGGAGAUCAAGCUGCUCGAUGUGAGCAAGAACAGCGUGGAGAAUAUUUCUCCAGACUUCCUGACUGGCUGCCCCAAACUAGAAACAUUUAAUGCCUCCAUGAACAAAAUCUGUUCCCUGUCACAUCUUCCAUCCAAAAUUACGACACUGAAACUAGCCAACAACAGCUUUACGUACAUCCCUGAGGCUAUACUUGAGCUCCCAAACUUGCGGUCACUGGACAUGAAAACCAACGAUAUUGCCAUCCUACCCGCUCCGGGGUCCUGGGCGUCCAGCAACAUUAGAGAACUCAUCUUUAGUCAGAACUGUAUCAAAGCUCUGGAUCUGAGCGGACCAAUCAACAAAUGGGCCAGACUGGAGAAACUCCACCUGAGUGACAACAAGCUCUCUGAGAUCCCUCCACAGAUUGGGCUGUUGGAAGGUCUCACCUCCCUAGAUGUGAGUCGUAACACUAACGUGCGGUCGUUCCCAGAUGAGAUGGGAAAACUGUGCAGACUCUGGGACCUGCCGCUUGAUGGCCUUCAGCUGCAGCUGGACCUCAAACUCAUUGGCAGCAAGACCAAAGACAUUGUUAGGUUCUUGCAGCAGCGUCUGAAGAAGGCGGUGCCGUACUACCGCAUGAAGCUGAUUGUGGUGGGGAAUGCUGGCAGUGGGAAGACGACCCUGAUACAGCAGCUGAUGAAGAUGAAGCGCUCCCAGAUGAAGCAGGCUGCGGUUGGCAUCGACGUCCGAGACUGGCCCAUCAGGGAUCCGGACAAGAAGAAAAUGGUGCUGAAUGUUUGGGACUUUUCAGGGGGAGAGGAGUUCAGCGGCUCUCACCCUCACUUCCUGACGUCCAGAGCUCUCUACCUGGUUGUGUACAACCUCAGCAAAGGAGCCAGUGAGGUGGAUGCCCUCAAACCCUGGCUCUUCAACAUCAAAGCGGUAGCUCCUCUUUCCCCGGUCAUUCUGGUGGGAACCCACAAAGAUGUAAGCGAGGAGUCACAGGUGCAGGCCUGCCUGAUCAAAAUCAAAGAGGAGCUUCUGAACCAUCAGGACUUCCCUGCCAUCAGGGACUAUCACAUGGUCUCCGUGUGCGAGGACUCGGAUGCCUUGUCCAUGCUCCGCAAGGCCAUCGCGAGCGAGGUCACCAGCUUUAAGAUCCAGGGCCAACGUGUGAUAGGUCAGCUGGUUCCAGACAGUUAUGUGGAGCUGGAGCGCCGGGUUCUCCAGGAGAGGACCAGGGUUCCACCAGAGUUCCCCGUUCUCAGGCACCGUGAGCUGCUGCAGCUUAUCCAGGACAGUCAGCUGCAGCUGGAGGAAGCAGAGCUGCCCCACGCGAUCCACUUCCUCAGUGAAGUUGGGGUUUUAUUGCACUUUGAUGAUCCUGGACUUCAGCUUCAAGAGCUCUAUUUUAUCGACCCACAGUGGCUGUGCAACCUCCUCUCCCAGAAACUGACUUGGAAGAGCUUUGGCUUGAAGGGCAAUCCUAAAGGAGUUCUGCAGCGCUCCGCUGUGGAAAAGUUUCUGUUUGAUACCAAAUGUUUUCCAAAGAGCCACCUGACGCAGUUCCUCAAACUGCUGGAGAAGUUUCAGAUCGCUCUUCCCUUCAGCGAGGACCAGCUGCUUGUACCCAGCAGUUUGUCCAAAUACAGACCAGUAAUAGAGCUGCCUCACUGUGAGAACUCAGAGGUGAUUGUGCGCCUUUAUGAGAUGCCCUACUUCCCCAUGGACUACUGGUCUCGGCAGAUCAGCCGACUACUGGAGGUCUCCUCCUACCUGCUUUGUGGAAGAGAAAAAGUGGUUCGACCCAACCAGAUCUACUGGAGGAGGGGAGUUUACCUGCACUGGUCCACUGAAGCGUACUGUCUGGUGGAGGCUGCCUCAGAGGAGGAAAAUCCCUCCAGCUUUGUCAGGAUCACUGUCCCCUCUUCCCGUAAAGGCCAAGUGUUACUGGGUCAAGUGGUGGAUCACAUCGACUCCCUGCUGGAGGAAUGGUUUCCUGGCCUGCUCAAUACUGACAUCCAUGGCAGUGGAGAAUCUCUGCUAAAGAAGUGGGCGCUGUACAGCUUCGAGGACGGGCAGGAAUGGAGCAAGAUCCUGCUGGAAGACCUAUUCGCUUGUUUUGACAACGAUUUUCUGCUGGUGAACCCAAAGGAUCCACGCUCCACACUUCCCAUCUCUCAGAUUGCCCCAGACUUGGUACUGACUGACCAGCCUGCAAGUACAAUCCUGGACAGUGAAGAGCUGGAGGUAGAUAUGUCUAAAGAGAACCGUCUCGGGGACGGUGGCUUUGGGACUGUUUACCGAGGUGUCUAUAAAAAUGAAGAAGUAGCAGUGAAGAUAUUCAACAAGCAUGCGUCUGAGCUUUACAUCUACAGACUCCUCAGACAGGAAUUGACCGUUUUGGGUCAUCUCCGUCACCCCAGCCUCGUCGGCCUCCUGGCAGCCGGCUCAGCUCCUCAGGUCCUGGUGAUGGAGCUGGCUCUGCGAGGCUCUCUCGAUUCCCUUUUUGAGCAUGAGAACAGUAGCCUCAACCAAAAGUUGCAGCACAGGAUUGCCCUGCAGGUGGCAGAUGGACUCAGGUACCUUCACUCCACCAUGAUCAUCUACCGGGAUCUGAAGCCCCACAACGUCCUCCUGUUCAACCUGAAGACCGACUCUGAGAUGAUCGCUAAAAUCACUGACUAUGGCAUCGCUCAGUACUGCUGCAGCAUGGGAGUGAGGAGCUCAGAGGGGACACCAGGCUUCCGAGCACCAGAGGUUGCCCGAGGUAAUGUGACUUACAACCAGCAGGCUGAUGUGUUCUCAUUUGGCCUGCUCCUCUAUGACCUCCUGACCUGUGGCGAGCGCAUUUCUGAUGGCAUGAAGUUCCCCAGUGAGUUUGAUGAAAUCGCAGUGCAGGGGAAACUGCCAGAUCCGGUGGAACACUACGGUUGUUCACCGUGGCCAGGUUUUCAGGCCCUGAUGAAGGACUGUCUGAGGGAAAACCCACAGGACCGACCCACUUCUGCUCAGGUGUUCGAUCGGCUGAAUUCAGGUGAAAUGCUGUGUCUAAUGCGGGAAAUCGUAGUUUCUCGGCUGUUCAACGCCGAGUGCUUCACAGUGAGCUCAGGCAGCAAAGCUGGGCCCUCGUCAGACCACAGGGCCUGGCUUGGUGGGGGCAGCAGCACCGAGAAGCUGGGUUCCAUCACAGAAGUGGACCUGGACACCAACGCUGUCAAAACACAGGAGGUCGACACCAGUCCUGUCCUGUGCCUUGUGACGGUCCAAAUCCCAGACGAGGCCUGUGACUGGCUUGUAGCGGGCACCCAGUCUGGCUCCCUGGUGGUCAUCAGCACGCGGGACACAUCCACCUGGCACUACCUGCAGGCUGUCACCGAUUCUGUCACCUCACUGUACUUCCAUGCGCACCCCCAACCAACACACAGAAAGAAUUAUUUGCUGGUUGGAACAGCAGAUGGAAUUCUCAGUGUUUACGAGGACUCUGUGCUCAAGCAGGGGAACGGGCAGCCAGUUAAAACUCUAACCGUGGGUAACGUCAACACUCCCGUCAUGUGUCUGGGGCAGUCGGUGCAUUCGCUGGACAGCAAAUCUGUGUGGGCUGGCUGCGGGUCCAAGAUCCUCUCCUUCACCAUCGACUACAGCGUCUGCAAGACCAUCGACACAAGGCCAAACCUCAUCUUCCCGCAGCAGCGGUCACUGGGCAGUGAGGUGUGCGUGUCUCGUUUGGUUGUGGAUAAAUACGUGUACCUGAGCAAAGCCGGGGCAUCCACUGUCGAGGUUUGGGACAAGAGGAGUGAGAGGAUGGUGGACUCCAUCGACUGUGCUCAGAUUAUUAGGCAUGAAUCGUCCAGCAGAGGCAGGCAGGGCAGUGAAGCCGGGCUGCCCACCGAUGCGUCUCCCCACUGGGUCACGGUGAAGGCCCUGCUGGUGCAGAGCACUGCAACUCUCUGGAUCGGCACUAGGGGGGGCCACCUGCUGCUGCUGGAGCUCUCCAAACACCAGACCCUGCACGUCAUGAACCCCCGCUGUGACUCCAUCCGCUGCAUGGCCUCCGCAUUCAUACAAACUCUUAACUGGAAGAACGUGGUGCUGGUUUUGGGCCGAAGACUCUCACAAGACAAAAACAGAGAUGACAAGGAGUCCGUGCUGAUGGUGUGGAACAGCAUGCUGCCCGUGGAGGUCAAGGACCUGAAGAAGCACUGCGAGAAGAGGGAGCGGAUCGCGGCCAAAAUGAGAGAGCAGCUCCAUCACAACUGAGCCCACAAGAGCGUUCACUGAAAAGGGAUCAACUGUCCAGAACAUCCACGUGUCAGCACUACACUCAGAGGAGGACGUUUUACCUCCGUAUCUGACAGCCAUAUGCACUCUUCAAUUCACUGACCCUGCAAAACCCAGAACUAAUGAGGGGAGCACACUACUGGGUUCAUUUCUUUUUUGGAUGUUGCACACUUAAAUAAUGCGCCACGUGAAGACAAUCUGAAGAUUAAAAAGGGACACAGAUAGUCUAAUUUGUGUUUAAGAAGAAGAACCUCCUGCUUCUAAUCAAUACAGGUAUGUGUUAGCCUGCAGUAAGAGAGGAAACAAGCUGACCAAAAAGCCAAAGGAAAAAAGCCUAUUUGAAUGUACAUUUGGUUAUUUAUUUCCAUGUCUGUGUUUACCAGAGCUCUAUCACUCCACAUCACAGGACUUCUCGUAAUGCUGCUUGCUUUGUUCUUGUUAUUUUUGUUGUCAGUAUUUGUGAUUGAGUCAAACUGAAUAAGUAAAAAGUCUUUUAUUUACAAUGACGACUUUCUGUUCAUCUUGUCAGAACAUUUUUUUUUUUUUUUAAGUAUCGUAUUUGUAGAUGGAUGCUGUACAUUUGAUGAUGUGCUGUAGUAUUUAAACUGAGAUGUUUUGGGUAAAUGAGCUUAUUUAUCGGGGCUAAUCUGUAAUGUAUCCCAGGGAGAACCACCAGAGACGAGACACGGGCAAAAAUGAAAACAACAUCUGUUUCAGGGUAUGGAACACAUCGGCUCUUUAAUUUAAUCGGGGAGAAAGACAUCGUAUUAGAAGCAAAUUAAUGGAAAAAAUAUAUUUACAACAGGAGAGCGAGGACUCAGUCCUCAAUAACAUUGACAGCACAUUAGUAAAAAAAACAAA